CAAUAAUAACGAUGAUAAUAACGACGACGCCCUUGGCUAAGGCUUAGUUCGACCUUGGUACAGCACUGUACACGGUAUAAACGACGGAAAGACGAUUUAGUCAGUGAUAGAUAGACUUAUUAUUGUCCUAAUUCACCCACCGUCUAGUAUGUCGGCCCAGGAUGCACCUCCCGACCGGUAUAUCGUCGCAGAUGCCUUCCUGGAGGCAUUAGCAGAGGCUGGCGUCGAUUACCUCUUCACCGUUCUCGGAUCAGACCAUCCAAGCAUCAUCGAAGCGUACGUUCGACGACAGAAGCAUGAGCCUCGCAAGCAAUUUCCCCAGAUGCUGCUCUUCCAGCACGAGGUGAGUCCCUUGAAACAACAGUGGGAGAAAUGCCUUGCGCUGAGUUUCUCAUCAAGUUUGCCGCCAUGUCGGCUGCCGAUGGCUACGCCAGAAUCACUCAUAAGCCCGCAUGUGUCAUCGCUCACGUCGACGUCGGCACCGCAGCGCUGGGGCAAGGAUUGCACAACGCCUCCAGCGGUCGUUCCCCCGUCGUCGUCUUUGCAGGGGUUGCGCCUUCAACGUUUCUCGGUGAAGCCCCCGGAUCCCGCUCGGAACAUGUCCAGUGGUACCAGGAUGUGCCGAACCAGGCAGCCCUUCUGGCGCCGUAUAGUCGGUAUACGGCCGAGAUCAAGUGCGCCUGGAAUGUCCAGACGGUGGUGCAUCGCGCGGUGCUGAUGGCGACCACGGGCUCACCGGGUCCCGUUUAUUUAACUGCCACGAGAGAGAUCCUGGCGACUCCGAUUGACAGCCUGGCGCCACGCCCUACGCCGGUCCCUUCGUGCAGAUUAGGAGCCUUGUCUGCGGACGCGGUCCAGCUCAUCGGACGGUCUUUGCUCGAGGCGACUGCUCCCUUGGUCAUCACCGGCUACCUGGGACGGAAUCACCAAGCCGUGAAGACGCUGGUCUCACUGGCUGACCUGCUGAAAGGAAUCCAAGUCUUCGACUCGGAGCUUCGAGAGUGUUGCUUCCCGGCUGACCAUCCCGCAUGGGUGAGCAGGGGAACCGGCGCAGCCAAAGCCGUGCAGACGGCCGAUGUGAUUCUAGUAGUCGACGCCGAUGUCCCCUGGAUACCCACCAGAGUCAGGCCGUCCGCUACAGCACGCAUCUUUCACAUCGACCUGGAUCCCAGGAAGGAGAUGAUGAAUCUGUUCGAUAUCGGUUCCACGGCUACCUUCCAUGCGGACAGUGGUGCCGCCUUGCGCCAGAUCUACGAUUAUAUCUCUAGUUCCCAUGAGCUCCUCGCGGUGAAGGAAGCCAUUCGGGAAGAACGGUGGGAGGCGCUGAAGAAGUCCCAUGCAGAAGGUAAAAGGGCCAUCGAUGCCCGCGCGGCGAGGAUCAACGACACGCCUGACGUGCCCUGUAGCGUUGACUAUCUCUGCAAUAAAAUACGACACCUGGUGCCGGCCAACACUAUCUUCGUGACGGACUCGGUCACUAACCAAGUCCCCAUGACAGAGCAGCUCCAACUCUCCCGUCCAGGCUCCCACCUCACAAAGGGGGGAAGCGGACUCGGCUGGGCCGGAGGCGCCGCCAUUGGAGUCAAACUUGCAACGGCCCUAUACGACAUCUCAGACCGGCCUCACCUCCGACGAAGGCUCCCAGAUGAACAUGAGAAGGAAGGUGACCCAUUCGUCUGCAGCAUAACCGGAGACGGAAGCUUCAUCUUCUCUGUCCCGACGGCAGUCUACUGGGCCAGCCAUCGACACGGCUGUCCCUUCUUGACCGUGAUUCUAAACAAUGGUGGUUGGAAGGCGACGCGGACCUGUCUGGCGGAUGUGCAUCCGCGGGGUGUGGCAACGAAGCUGUCGAAUGCCGAUCUGGGCAUCUCCCUGGAGGAGGAAGGUCCGGAUUACGGAGAGGUGGCUAAGGCGGCGGCGAAUGGAUAUCUCUGGACGAGAAAGGUUGCCAAGGUGGGUGAUUUAGAGGGAGCCUUGCGUGAGGCGAUACGCGUUGUGGUCGAGGAGAGGAUAUCUGCUGUACUAGAUGUGAUUGUGAGGUGA